CUCGGAAGAAUUAAUUUGACGGUGAGCAACGUCCUGCUGUACAACCGCGCAUUGAACGAAGCAAAGCUCAAUGCGUUAAUGAAGAAGGACGCAUUCGCUGCUGCAGCGGCGAAGGUGCCGGCCCAGGAAGUUGCGGCUCAAACUACCAAUGUGAGUGAACCUUCUCGUCAUCCCGCCAAUGUGCCCGUCAUCACGCCUGAAGCGCAGCAAGACGCCACAUCAUCACCACGAAUUCAACACUCACCAGCGCAAACAUCAGAAAGAGAAAGUGGCCCAGCAGAUUUCAAGCAAACAUUUCCUGAUAUCAUUGUCCCCUCCACCUCAGCUGGUGUGGGAAAGGUGGAAGAAGAGGCACCCGACAGCGGUGCCUUGGCGUCUGCAUCGUCACAAACGCAGAACGCGGGCAGUCAUGAGUUAAUUGGAACCGAGAUGCCUUUCAGUGGGGAGCACUUUCCUCCCAAUAUAGAUUUACCGCUGAUGGGGCAGGUGGACACGGCAGAUGAAGAAUCUCCGCGGAUCGGCAACACCGAUGAUCAGGCGCCGCACAGCGUUUCACCUGAUGUUUCGGAGAGCGUGGGCACGAACAGCGACCCCGAUUCAUUCAGCAGCACUAACGUGUCGGGUGGCGCUGAUGCCGCACCGGCUCCUCCGAGCACAGCGCCUGGGGAAACCAAGAUUCCAUCGGAGCUCAACGCAACAAUACCCUCGGACCACGACAUUUUGCUUGAGUUCCGCGAGUUGGCGGCCAUGGCUCUAAUUGGUGACAGCACCGUGCAUGUGUGUGUGUCUCGGGUGUUGUUGUUGCUUCUGGGGCUGUGGGGCACUGCGGCUCUCUGCUGA